AUGGGACGGCACGUUCUCGCAUGCCUCCUCGACGCCCCCUCCGGCCUCGUGCCCGUGCUGCCCAGGGCCGAUUCGUACCAGCGCCUGGUCGACAACUGUUGGGUACCCCGUGACGACGGCUGGGCGUUCGAGCACCGGCUGUCCAACAUCCGCUUCAUCGCACCUCUCCAGUGGCCAAGCCGUCGGCCACACGGUUCGAAGUGCGCGUCGUGGGCACCGGCCGCUAGCCAUACUAUCCGAUUUCAACCCCGGCCGGCUGUGGGGCAUGAGAGACAUAAGCCGUAA